AUGGGAGAUCUGCUGCUUUCUCCGCCGCGCCUCCUCGCUUCUGCUCCUCGCCGCUUCUCCGCCUCCCAGCAGCCGCCGCCCCAUUCCUUUCCACUCUUCUUCGAGCCCUCUUCUGUCGUCCCUCGUCCUCGCCCCGCCCCGCCCCGCCCGCUCUUGCCUGCGCCGCCGCCGCGGCCUGCCCGGCCCGCCUUCACAAGCCGAUGGACAUCAAAUUGUCGGGGCGAGGUGGACGCGCCGGCGUCCGUCCCCGCCCCCUCGCUCUCUCGUCCUCCCCCGUGGACGGCGUCCUUCCCUGUGACGGAUGGACGGUCUAUAUUGAAGAUCACUGACAACUCUCAUGUUUCUUUAGUCAAUAUUGGUCAACAUGCCUUCCUAAAGAAUUUAUCCCGAUGUGACAUUUAUUACUAUAUUUUGGAUUGUGUGAAUAAUAAGAUGGAAGCGUGCGCGGGGGCGAGACGCGCGCCUAUUGAUGGAAGCUGCGCGGAAGUAGCCGGGAAACACACCGCCUUCCCGCCGCGCCCGCCGCGCCCGCCCCGUUCUUAUUACGGAGAUAUGUUUCUGUGGAGGCGCUGCGGCGGCGCGGUGGAGGGGAAGCCGGGAGUGGAGCACGUGGAUGUGGAUUCAGCCGGGGGCGGCGUUUGA